AAGUGAUAAACACACAAAAUUGCUCAUUACUGAUCAGCUGUUUUUGAAAUUGCACGUUUCAUUUUGAUUGAGAUAAUCAAAUCAAAUCUGCUUGGCACACCUGCCUAUUCCCUGUGGCCACAAUGGCCGGAGAACCAGAGGGUCGUGCCCAGCGCCCUCGUAAAGAGAAGAGGGCACGGCGAUGGCAUGUGCUACUCCUCAGCCUCCUGUGCUGUGCCUCUGUGACCCCCGGGGAGGACAGUGUUCCCAGCCCCCCUGACACCCCCCAGCCUGCCCUGAGUGACCGCGCUAUUAGGAAGAAGGUGGAGGAGGGAAAUGCCAGGAGGAAACAGCAAAGCAAGCCCUGGUACUCCCGACUUUUCCGCAAAUCAAAAGCCACUCGACGCACCAAGAAAAUGACUGGCAGGACCAACAAACAGACUGACGAAACAACUCAGCAAGGCAAGGCCUGGUACUCCAGCCUCUUUUGGAAAUCAAAAGCCACUCCACGCUACGAGAGAAUGACUGACGAGACUGACAUAGGCACCGACCAGAGGAAGCAGCAAGGCAAGGCCUGGUACUCCCGCCUUUUCCGAAAACCAAAAUCUGCUUCCCCUGUCACUAAAAUGACUGAAAGCAAGACUGACCAACUGACUGGCAAAACAGAGCAGAACAGCAAAGCCUCAAACUCCUCCAACAACCCUUCAGACAAGACGGACAAAAAGAACACUGUCAAACAGACCAACAAGCUGGCCCAACGUCAGGGGGAGACAAAUGGGUCAGUUGUCCAACGCCCAUGGAGAGUGGAGGCCCGGAAUUGGUUCCCUACUAUUACAUUGUAUGUAUUGAGAGGUGGGCCUUUUCAAAUGAUUCCAUCCUGGGCCUGGCCACAGCUGUCAACUGGCCUGCCAGCAAGACUGACGAACAGAUUCAAACUGACAACAAGACUGACAAAUAGAUUCAAACUGACAACAAGACUGACAAAUAGACUGACUCUGACAACCAAACAGACAAGACCGACAAACAGACUGACCCUGAAAAAGACUGAAAACAUUGCAGUCCCACACACCCCGGAAAGUAAGCGAACGACCAACAACAUUAAAAUUGCCAAAUGUAUCGUGGCUCUUCUGGACAAAGCACUUGAGGAAGUGUUGACGGAAAAUGUCAACACGGUCCAGAUCACUACAGAGACAAACGGGACCUUGUGCCGGCCUCCCCUUAAGCCCAAUGACAACACUAGACCGCCAAGCUUCAAGGAGCCAUUCCCAAGGUGCAUCGAGGCCAUGGCUGGGAAAAAACCAAGCAAAAAGGAUUUGGAGUGCUGUCAAAUUGGGGAUGAGGGCAUGACAGAGGAAAAGGCAGCCAAGAAAACCUCAAAGCAUCAGGCCAUCAGGACAACAUUGAAGGACCUGACCCACCUGCUGUUGACCUGUGCAAUGCUCCUUUUCACCUGGCUAUUUACCAUUAGCAUUGGCACCGUGAAAGUCCCCACACACAUAAAUGGCUCGUCCUGUGAUGCAGAGUAAUGACAACAUCUCAUCAUCAUCAUCUCAUCAUCUCAUCAAUUGUCUGACCAAAUUUUUUAUUUUAUUCUUUCAUCCAUUUUUAUGAUCAAAGUAAAUGUUAUUCUUGCAACUACA